UAACUUUUUAAAGUUUUCUACUUACUAUUUUCCAUCGUCUCCUGAUCAAUUUUUCCCUUUUCUUGACAAAUUAACAAUAUUCAACAUAAUACACAGCAGGAAAUUUUAAUCAAAAUUUUGGCAAUCGCAAGUCAAGAACCAUGUCGUCGGCUAUUUCUCAGCUCUCAUGCUUCUCCGCCGUAGUUGACAGCCGCCGUUCGCAGCUCCACCAGAGAUCCCGUCUCUGCCUCACGCAGUUUCGUCCCGGAAAGGUUUUAAAUGUUAUGAACGGUGAUGGACAUGGCUCAAAAUUAUCCCAAUUAGAGAAUAAAACUCCAAGUUACGUAGAAGAUGCAUCGGCAUCCUAUAAUGGAAGCUCGGUGCAGCCGCAUUCUGCUGCAGAUAGUUUUGUUGCUGGAGGAGCAACAAAUGAGCAGGAAAGCGUCGUCAGCCAACCAAAGAGGGCGGCAAUGAUUCACGACUUCUGUUUUGGAAUUCCCUUUGGUGGACUAGUCUUUUCCGGGGGACUCGUUGGAUUUCUGGUUUCGAAAAACCCUCGUACUCUAAUGUCCGGUGUGCUCUAUGGAGGUGCCCUACUUGCCCUUAGCACUCUGAGUUUGAAGGUCUGGAAACAAGGGAAACCGAGCUUUCCGUUCAUACUAGGUCAAGCAGUACUCUCACUCGCCCUCCUGUUUAAGCAUUCUCGGGCAUAUACAUUGACGAACAAACUCUUCCCGACAGCCUUCAAUGUUGUCAUCAGUGCUGCAAUGCUGUGCUUUUACGCCUACGUGAUGAUAUCUGGAGGCAAUCCUCCGCCAAAGAAGCUGAAGCCUACUGCUGCAGUUGAAUCCUCCUAGUCGAGAGAUGGAAAACGUGCGCUGCUGAUACUGGAGAUUUUCAGCAGCAAUUUUGGAUCAUUUACAUAGCAAGAGUCUUGCCCUUGUUGUGACAAUACUCUCGACUUCGACUCAUGUAUGUUCCCGUGGAGUGGCCUAGUUAUGGAUUAUCACUUUCUAAGUCGAACUUGUUGCAAUUGGUUUGGUAGCACUUAUAUAUACAAGGGGGGAGCUAUGGUAUAAACACUUCUUAACAUAUAAAAUAAGAACUAGCUAAAAUGUAUGAAUUUAUGUAGAACACGUAUGAAUUCGCUGUGUAAAUGUAUAAAUUGCGAAAAGUAAUUUUUUUUGCUAUCUAUGAUAUUCGAACUCAGGACCAUAAAUUCAUCAAA